AUGGACCCUUAUGACAGUGACUCCUCCGGGCUGGAGGAUGCGGGGGACUACACUGAGACUACAGUAUUACUGGGCUACGCAUCUACAGAGCCUACAGAUGACACGAUCAGCCACCUAGGAGGAUGGCCGACCUGGUUGGAUGAGAACAAUCCCCCUCCUGGCGACCUGGCCAACUGCAAAGUUUGCAACAACCCGAUGCUGCUGCUCCUCCAACUAAACGGCGAUUUACCCGAGCAUUUCCCUGACGAUGAAAGACGAUUGUAUGUCUUUGGAUGUCCUAGGAAGGUUUGCAACCGAAAACCUGGUAGCAUUAGGGCAUUGCGAGGAAUCAGGAAGUUCAAGAGCAGCCAAUCCUCCAAACAAAAACCGUCGUCAGAAGAGACUACACCAAACCCUGAAAUACAGCAGCAGCCUACACCCACAAAACCAAAACCAGACCUCGGCUCUGCUUUAUUUGGGGCUCCUCCUUCAUCCAGCGGUAGUAGUCUGACUGCGAACGCAAACCCGUUUUCGACCUCGUCUAGCCCGUCAAGUCAAAACAACCCAUUCGCACCGCUCCCACCAGCAUCAACACUCGCAGCAAAGCCACCACAAACACCAGUUAACAAGCUAUCCGAAUCCUUUGCAUCAAAGGUACGUGUUUCUUCUCCACCUCCAGAGCCCGCUGUUUCCGGCCCCGUGCUCCCAUGGCCGCCGCAAUCUGCUUUCCCGCCUCCGUACGUCGAAUACCAUCUCGACGCCGAGUACGAAACGCUCUCACGACCUUCAACCCCCACGAUACCAACCAAUACAACCGUGGAGAAUAUAGAAGAGGAAGAUGCAUCCAAAGCAGGCGCAGCAGAUACCAAAGACACAUUUGAAUCGUCCCUAGACAAGUCGUUUUUACGCUUCUCAACUCGACUCGGCUAUAAUCCUGAGCAGGUGCUCCGAUACGAAUUCCGCGGUACGCCGCUUCUCUAUUCUAGCAAUGACGCCGUUGCGGCAAUUUUCCCAAAUCAUCAACAGUCUCAGGGGGGUCAUGUUGCUGCAAGUGGUGGUGGCGCCUCAAGGAACCGUGUGCCUCGGUGUACCAAGUGUGGUAGUGAGCGUGUGUUUGAGUUGCAGCUCGUUCCGCAUACAAUCACAGUCCUUGAGGAUGGUCGCGAGGGUAUCGGGCUAGGGAAGAAUGAUGCGGGGAUGGAAUGGGGAACGAUCAUUCUCGGUGUAUGUGCUGCUGAUUGUGGGCCUGCGGAGGGACAGGCUGGGUGGAGGGAGGAAUGGAUAGGUGUGCAAUGGGAAGAGAUGAAAUGA